UACACGCAGCAGUAUAUGAGUGACGCGUUAUCGUGUGCGAGUCACACGGAUAUUCGGACGGCAUUAAUGCCGGUCGUGUACGUAUGUUACACUGCGAUAGUAUCGGAUCAAUAUAUAUGAAAACUCUCCUCCUCGUUGAAGAUUUAUCUUAAACAUUCGUGCAGUGUUCGUUAUGAGUUGAUAAAUAAAUAGGCUGUGAAUAAAGCUGGGCAGCAUGUCUACUGAAAAGAAACACUUGAAAGAGGUAGUAGAUACGUCAGCAAAGCAGGAUGAGACAGUUCCUUGGAGACUGGACGGUAUACUGCUGCGAACGUUCCUACUUGUCACUUGUGUCAAAAUGCUUUUGAUUCCUACUUAUCACUCCACUGACUUUGAAGUACACCGCAAUUGGCUUGCCAUCACAUAUAGUCUACCUCUCAAGGAAUGGUAUGUGAACACACAAUCCCCAUGGACUUUGGAUUAUCCUCCUCUGUUUGCAUGGUUCGAGUACUGUCUCAGUCAGAUGGCGGUGUUCUUUGAUCCUGAGAUGGUUAAAGUAGAGAAUUUAAAUUAUGUAUCACCAAAUACUGUGUAUUUCCAAAGGGGUACUGUCAUACUUGCCGAUUUGAUAUUUGCAUAUGGAGUAAGAGAAGCAGGCAGGACGUUUUGUAAAUCUGCAAACAGCAACAUAGUCUUUAUAAUUUUAUCACUAUGCAACAUAGGACUUCUGGUAGUGGACCACAUACACUUCCAAUAUAAUGGCUUCCUACUUGGCAUCUUGUUGAUUUCAAUGGCGAAUGUGUCCAUGAUCGACAAACAGAUGUCGAUAUUGCAAGGUGCUGCAUGGUUCGCCGUUUUACUCAAUUUAAAACACCUGUAUAUAUACGUAGCACCAGCGUACAUCAUCUGGUUACUGAAGUCAUAUUGCCUGAAUAGUGGGAAGUUCUUUAAACGAAUAUUCGCACUCGGGUUUAUCGUUUUGACCGUUUUGCUGAUAUCUUUCGGUCCUUUCAGAACCCAAUUACCACAGGUGAUGUCCCGUUUGUUUCCGUUUAAAAGAGGUUUGGUACACUCCUAUUGGGCCGCAAACGGUUGGGCACUUUAUAUCGGUGUAGAAAAAGUGUUGUCUGUGAUAUGGAAACGUUUAGGAUGGUUAAAAGACGCUAAAUCUGCAGUGAUGACGGGUGGACUUGUGCAAGAACAAACCUUCCUUAUUUUACCCACUCCAACUCCCAUUGUUACAUUUAUCUUUACUUUUUUGGCAAUACUUCCUGCACUAUGGUGCCUAUUCUGUAAGAAGCACUACAUGAACCCGAAAUAUUUUAUUAGGUGCAUUGUCCUAUGCGCUUUAGGAUCGUUCAUGUUCGGCUGGCACGUACACGAAAAAGCUAUACUGACCGCGAUCGUUCCUUUAUGCAUUCUCGCAGCGACAGACGAAGAAGAUGCACGGACAUUCAUAAUUCUAAGUAGUGCCGGACACACCGCUCUUUUGCCACUUUUGUAUCCCAAUAAUCUAUUUCCGUUAAAAAUAAUAUUGUCGCUGACGUAUAUGCUCUCGUCGAUUGUAUUUCUGACGAGUCGGCAUGGCAAAUCUCUGUUGCAAUUACACGAGUGGUUGUACGUGAUUCCGCUGCCGUUGGUCACAAUCUACGAAACGGUGCUACACAAGUUACUGUUCAGCGACAGAUUGCCAUUCCUACCGUUAGCACUUACUUCCAUAUACUGCGCGAUCGGUAUCACUUACUGCUGGAUACUGUAUUACUGCAUAUAUCUACGAAAUAAUGGUCGCACCGACGACAAAACAACGAGCAAAUCAAAACGUCAAAGACUGAAGGAUAAACGAUCUUAGAAGAUACGAUCGUGUACAAGGCAUGCGUAUUUUCUAAAUAAAGUUUAUACACAUCUGUUUCUUAUA